AGAGUCCUGAGGGUCUGAGCGGGUCUGGAGGUUCGGAGGUCUCUGCGGGUCUUCAGGUUUUCACGGAUCCGGUUUGAGUCGAAUCAGCAUCAUGUCGGAGCUUCAGCUCGUGCUGCUUCAGCUCGCGCUGCUUCUCGCUCUGCAGCUAUGUACCUGUGCUCAAGAGGACGGGGCCUCGGUGGGCGGGUAUCCGGAUGAGCUCAGCCUACCGGAGCUCAGCGACGUCUGCACUGAGGGCAGCUGUUACCCCGCAACGGGAGACCUUCUGAUUGGCCGAGCUCACCAGCUGUCAUCCACCUCCACCUGUGGUCUGAACCGACCCGAGCCAUUCUGCAUCGUCAGCCACCUGCAGGAGGAGAAGAAGUGUUUCGUGUGUGACUCCGCGGCUCCCUAUGACGAGCCGAUCGAUCAGACAAGCAGCCAUCGCAUCGAGAACGUCGUCACCACGUUUGCUCCGAACAGACUGAAGACGUGGUGGCAAUCCGAGAACGGUCUGGAGAACGUCACCGUCCAACUGAACCUGGAGGCAGAGUUUCACUUCACACACCUCAUCAUGACCUUCAAGACGUUUCGUCCUGCUGCCAUGGUGAUCGAGCGGUCAGCUGACUUUGGGAAGACGUGGCAGGUUUAUCGUUACUUCGCCUACGACUGCGAGACAUCUUUCCCCCACAUUUCCCAGGGUCCAAUGCAGAAGGUUGAUGACGUCAUCUGUGACUCGCGUUACUCCGACAUCGAGCCAUCCACUGAGGGAGAGGUAAUUUUCAGAGUUCUGGACCCGGCGUUCAGGAUCGACGACCCCUACAGCCCCAGAAUCCAGAACAUGUUGAAGAUUACCAACCUGCGGGUGAAGUUCACCAAACUGCACACGCUGGGAGACAAUCUGCUGGACUCGCGUAUAGAGGUCAAAGAGAAGUAUUACUACGCCAUCUACGACAUGGUGGUGAGAGGAAACUGCUUCUGCUACGGACACGCCUCCGAGUGCGCCCCCAUCCAAGGGGCCGGACAGACCCGGGAGGGCAUGGUGCACGGUCACUGCAUGUGUAACCACAACACCAAAGGUCUGAACUGUGAGCAGUGUCAGGAUUUCCACCACGACCUUCCCUGGAGACCGGCCGAGGGUCGCAACACCAACGCCUGCAAGAAGUGUAACUGUAACCAGCACUCGGACUCGUGUCACUUCGACAUGGCCGUGUUCGUGGCUUCAGGAAACGUCAGUGGAGGCGUUUGCGACGACUGUCAACACAACACGGCCGGACACAGCUGUGAGCAGUGCAAACCGUUUUACUACCAACAUCCAGAGCGAGACGUCAGAGACCCCAGCAUCUGCCAAGCCUGUAACUGUGACCCCCUGGGCUCUCUGAACGGAGGCAUGUGUGACCGGAUGACAGACGUUCGAGCUGGGCUGAUCGCAGGUCAGUGUCGCUGCAAAGUCAACGUGGAGGGAGAACGCUGCGAGCGCUGCAAACAGGCGCAUUACGGGCUGAGCGACGAGCCUGAGGGCUGUAAAGCGUGUGCCUGCAGCCCCUUGGGAACAGUUCCUGGAGGAAAUCCCUGCGACAGUGAAACAGGAAGUUGUUUCUGUAAACGUCUGGUGACGGGACCAAACUGUGACCAGUGUGUGCCCGAACACUGGGGUCUCAGUAACGACAUGGACGGCUGCAGACCAUGUGACUGCGACCUCGGAGGAGCUGUUAACAACCGGUGUGAUCAGGUGAGUGGUCAGUGCACAUGCAGAGAUCACAUGUUCGGCCGUCGCUGCGAUCAGGUUGAGUCUGGAUUUUACUUCAUCGCACUCGAUCACUACACCUACGAGGCAGAGGACGCCACGCUUGGACCUGGAGUGACGGUGGUACCAAGGCCCCACCCUCAGGACCGCAGUCCCACUUGGACAGGUAUUGGGCUGGUCAACGUCCCAGAGGGAGCAUUCCUAGAAUUUUCUAUCAGCGACAUCCCUCAGUCCAUGGAGUACGACAUCCUCAUCCGCUACGAGCCUCAGCUGCCUGACCAAUGGGAGGAGGUCCUGAUGACGGUGAUGAGGCCUGGACCAAUCAGAGCAGACAGCCGCUGUAUCAACACUGUACCUGAUGACGACAACCAGAUGAUCUCACUUCACCCCGGCUCACGGUAUGUGGUUCUUCCCAGACCGGUCUGUUUUGAAUCUGGUCUGAACUACACAGUCCGGCUCAGUCUGCCGCUGUACUCGGCCCUCAGCGACGUCCAUUCUCCGUACACACUCAUCGACUCGAUUGUGUUGAUGCCGCACUGUAAGAACCUGGACAUAUUCACAGCCUCAGAGGGAGGAGACUCCAGCAGGAACAGCGGGCGGGAAACUUUCCAGCGUUAUCGUUGUCUGGAGAACAGCCAGAGCGUCGUCAAGACGCCAAUGACGGACAUCUGCAGAAACUUCAUCUUCAGCAUCUCCGCCAUGUUGCAUCAGGGAGCUAAAGAAUGCCAGUGUGACCCCCAGGGUUCCCUCAGCACUGUGUGUGACCCCAGUGGCGGUCAGUGUCAGUGUCGCGCCAACGUGGUCGGCAGGAACUGCGACAGAUGUGCUCCAGCCACGUUCCAGUUCGGACCAAACGGCUGCAGAGCGUGUGCGUGCGACCCUCAGGGUUCGCAGAGUCCGUUCUGCGAUCAGCUCGCCGGUCAGUGCCUUUGUGUGUCGGGAGCGUACGGUCGCCAGUGUGAUCGCUGCCUGCCGGGUCACUGGGGUUUCCCCACCUGCCGACCCUGCUCCUGCAACGGACACGCCGACGACUGCGACCCCAACACCGGGCGGUGCAUCAGCUGCCGGGACCACAGCACGGGACACAGCUGUGACAGGUGUCUGGAUGGUUACUAUGGCGACCCGGUGUUGGGGUCAGGCGACCACUGUCGUCCCUGCAUGUGUCCCGACGGCCCCGACAGUCAACGGCAGUUCGCAGGAAGUUGUUACCGCAGCGACGACUCCCAGCAGGCCAUCUGUGUCUGCAGCACUGGAUAUAGAGGUGCUCGCUGUGACCAGUGCUCACCUGGUUACUAUGGAAAUCCUGGUGAACCGGGGGGGCGGUGUCAGCCCUGUCAGUGCAACAACAACAUUGACAUGUUGGACCCAGAGUCCUGCGAUGCUCAGACCGGAGAGUGUCUGCGCUGCCUGCACCAUAGCGAGGGCGCCGCCUGCCAGAGCUGCAAACUGGGUUACUACGGCAACGCCCUGCUGCAGGACUGCAGGAAGUGCGCCUGUGACCCGCUGGGCACCGAUCCAUCCAGCUGUCCGUCAUCCGGCGACUGUCAGUGCGACCGCGGCAGCGGCCAGUGUCACUGCCUCCCGAACGUGGUCGGUCAACACUGCGACCGCUGCGCGCCCGACACCUGGAACAUGGUGAGCGGCCGCGGCUGCCGGACCUGCGACUGCGACCCCAAACACUCGUACGGGACGUCCUGCGAUGAGAUCAGCGGCCAGUGUUCCUGUCGCCCCGGCUUCGGAGGAAGAACGUGCAACGAGUGCAGAGAGCUGUUCUGGGGAGACCCAGAGGUUAAAUGUCACGCGUGUGACUGCGACCCUCGCGGUGUCUCUGAGCAGCAGUGUAACAAAGUCAGCGGUCACUGCGUCUGCGUGGACGGCGUGUCCGGACCGCGCUGCGACGUCUGUGCACGUGGAUUUUCGGGAACGUUCCCCGACUGCCGCCGCUGCCACCAGUGCUUCGCGGAGUGGGACGACAUCAUCGGACAGCUGACCAAUCAGACGCACCGCCUCGUCAACAAGGUCAACACCAUUAAAGCCAGUGGAGUCAGUGGACCGUACAAGAAGUCCGUGGACAGUGUGGAGAGGAGCGCCGCCGACAUCCAGGUCCUCCUGAACCAGAACCUGGCUUCGCAACCACUGAGCGAGAUCCAGCACCUGCUGCAACAGGCCAGUGACCUCAUGAGUGCCAUGAGCCAGACGUUGAACCUCACAGAACAGACUCUGAUCCAGGUGGAGGACCAGGACUCGGCCGCAGAAGCUAAAUUAGACUCUGUGACGUCAGACGCUCAGAAACUGGAGCGGACGGUUCAGGAGCUGCUGGACCAGGUCGAGUUCAUCAAAAACUCCGACAUCAGAGGGGCGACAGACAGCGUCACUAAGUACUUCCUGCAGUCUCAGGGAGCUGAAGCUCGAGCCAACGCCUCCACUGUCGAUACCGGCAGCCCCGUGGAAACAUCCAGCGCUCUACGGCAACUCACAGAGGACAAACUAAACCAAACCAGAGGGGAGUUCCUGAAGAGACACACUGAGCAUGCUCAGAGACUGGAUGACCUGGCAGGAGAGCUGCAGACUCUGGACCUAUCAGAGAUCAGCCACAAGACCUGUGGUGGUUCAUCCCCGGGUCAGGAUUUGUGCUGGCCCUCUACCUGUCAGGGUCUGGGCUGUGUGGACUCUGAGGGUUGGACCAGGUGUGGAGGCGAAGGAUGUGGCGGUGUGGUGACAACAGCCAACAACAUCUGGAGGAAGGCUCAAGAUUUGGAACAGGAAGUCACCGGUGCCAUGGGGGAAGUGGAAAAACUGUCCAAGAUGGUGUCUGAGGCCAAGCUGAAGGCAGACGAAGCGAAGCUGAGCGCUCAGGACGUGCUGAUGAAGACCAACAGGACCAAACAGAAAGUGGACCAGAGUAAUGAGGAGCUGAGACAUCUCAUCAGACAGAUCAGAGACUUCUUAACACAGGAUGCCGCAGACCUGGAGAGCAUCGAGCUGGUGGCUAACGAGGUUCUGGCCAUGCAGAUGCCGACCACGCCGACUCAGCUGCAGAACCUGACCGAAGAGAUCCGGCAGAAGGUGGGAGAACUGGGACACAUGGAGACCAUACUGCAGCAAAGCACCGAUGACAUCCAGAGAGCUGAGAACCUGCUGAACCAGGCCCGUCGAGCCAGUGAGGAGGCGGCUGAUGCGAAGGUCUCUGCGGAGGAGGUGAAGCGAGCUUUGGAGGAAGCUGAUAGAGCCCAGAUGGCCGCCAGCGGCGCCAUCCAGCAGGCCGCUGCUGACAUCCAGGACACCAACAACCUGCUGUCCAUCGUGCAGUCAGAGACGGCAGAUGCGGAGUUGAAGCUGAACAACGCCACCCGGCGGCUGCAGAGGCUUGAGCAGGACGUAACGCUGCUGAAAGACAAAGCUCUGAAUGUCACUUUAAGCACAGAACAGACCAAUCAGGAUGCAGCGAGCAUCAGAGAGAUUGCUGAGGAGGUGAAGAAGGACCUGGACUCAGACCUGAAGGACAGGUACUCCACAGUGGGCCAGCUGAUUGGUCAGAAGGCAGGGGGUGUGGCUGAUGCCAAGAAGAGGGCAGAGUCACUGCAGCAGGAAGCCAAAGAGCUGUUGUUGCAGGCGAGCAACAAGCUGCAGCUGCUCAAAGAUCUGGAGAAGUCGUAUGACGACAACCAGCGGACUCUGGAGGUAAAGGCGGAGCUGCUGGUGGAGCUGGAGGCAGCUGUGAAAGACCUGCUGCAGGAUAUCAGCCACAAGGUCACUGUCUACAGCACCUGUCUUUUCUAGGGUCAAAGGUCACCAUCAGAAGCUGAAAAGGAGCUGACACAUAUUUUUAACCUGACUCUGUGAUGUGAAAUCCCCCCAAAUGUUUCAGAGAGAAGUUAGAUUUUUACUGAGGUGGAACUUCUGCCAAAGAUACGAAAUCUUUCAUCUUCAGUUAAUUUCCAAAUUGGACCUGGAGCGUUUUCAUGGUCGGAGCGUUGGUGAACGUGCUGUGAGCUGUUUAAACUGCCUCCAGCUUCAUUUCCACACCUGAGUGUGGAGAACCGUGAAAGAUGAGUUGAAAACAACAGUUUGAACACUCAACAGCUGUAAAAUUAAUUCAGUCGAUCAGAAAAGUCAGAAGCAGCUGAAAUUCAUCAAAGUGAUCCGACACGAUUCAAAUGAUAAAAACAAUGUUUGUUAAAAUUCAGUAAAAUUCAGCUGCUGAAAUAUUUGAACGUCUUUGUGAAUGUAAGAAAAUCAAAGUCGAUCAUUUGAUUCGAGUUUCCAGUUGUUUAACAGUGAAUUUUUCCUUUUGUUCUUCCUUUACUUUCAAUUCUUCGUGGCCAAAACUUUGAAAAAUGAAUUUUAAUAAAAAGCUUUUAACAGUU